AUGCGCAACGAUAUGAAAGUUCGAAAGUACUACAGUUGUCCACUACACGUAGCCCUACGUGUACACGUACACGUAUGUGCAGUCUUACGCUUACGAAUAUCUUAUCUUACAAAUGUUUGCUUACGUGGCAUCGUUUCGCGAGCGGUCACACCUCGGACGCGCGCCCGCUGCUGCCACGAACGACGAGGCGGCAAGGUGAACGCGCGAGAAGUGCGUGGGCGGAUCGACCACGGAAAGCCGAGCUCUCGCCGCCGCGAGCACGAUGCCUCCGCCACCCGCGCCCUCGCCUACGGAGCCAUCGUGGAAGAAGAAGGAAAUCAUGUUUUGGUCGGCGGUGAUCCGCGCCGCGGACGAAAGCGCGAAAAACGGUCCGAGUCGCGGGGAUUCGCCGCGCGGCUAGAACAGAAAUGGCGCUUCACCAUAAGGUUAUCGUACGACGACGACGACGAGAACGAUAAAUACUUUGUCACAUCUAUCUUGACUACCUCCUCCCCGCGCUUCACUACGGCGCCCUUUCGGCCAAAUAUAAACCUAGCAGGGCAGGGCAAGUCCGGAUAG